AUGGCAGAUCAUAAAAUUCUCUUAGCAUCAAUCAUCUUAAUUCUCUCGAUAACUUCCUCUUUAGCAAGCUACCCACCAGCCACAAAUUACUUGAUCUCCACCUGCAACGACGCCACUUACGGUGACUUAUGCCUCCAAACCCUCUUGCCUGAUGUCGACCGCAUAAACAGCACCCCGAAAAAGUCGACUCGCCUCGCCAUCAUGGCCACCAUAACAGCAGUUCAAUCGGCAACUGACGGUAUCACUCAACUCUCAAAACAGCCUCAAAUGUGGAGUCGCGAAAUCGACUCGCUGAACGAUUGUGGUACGUCGGUCGCUAACACGGUGACAGCAUUGAACACUGCUAUGGACACAAGUGAUCACUUGGGUGGUGGUGAUAAGAAUGAUAAGCAGUCGAAGAGGUUAAGCAUGGAAAACAACGUCAAAACAGUGGUGAGUGCUACCAACACAUGCAUCACUAAUCUUCAAGGAGCAAAGGCUAGAGAUGUUGUGAUCAGUAGGGUUCAAGAUGCUACUAAAUUACUUGUUCAGCUUGCUACUAACGCUGUUGACCUCAUCGAUCGCAUGCAGUUUUAA